ACAAUGGACCGCCAGCCGAGAGCCCGCGCCGCGGCGCCGCCGCCGUCGUGGACGUCGCGCGCGGCGGCGACGCCUUUGCGAUUACGGCCUCGAGUGCCUGCUGACCAUAAUGAGAACCCUGAGGAUGGGCUCCUGCUUGUCCCUCCGCUGCCUCCGACGCCCUCGUCGAGCGGCGGCGUUUUCCGGUCGCUCAUACGAUCGAAGAAGCAGCCAACAAAUAACGAGGAGAGCCGCUAGGAAAGAUGAGGCGGCGGCGAGGAGCGGCCUUCGCUGGAGGCGAUGCGGAGGAUCCCGGGGAGGAUGUUCUCGAACGGGGCUAGUGGAAUUGCUUCGAUGUUCACUCAGCAGGGGAAGAAGGGGACUAAUCAGGAUGCUAUGAUCGUUUGGGAGAACUUCUGCGCAAGAAGUGACACGAUUUUCUGUGGGGUUUUUGAUGGCCAUGGACCAUUUGGACAUGUGGUCGCAAGACGCGUGAGAGAUUCUCUCCCACUGAAAUUAAGUUCCCAUUUGGAAGUUGAAGUUGGCAAUAUUUGCUUUAAAGAGAACAAUAAUUUAAGCAAAGCAGGGAGCAUGAAUUCCGAGGAAUCUUCAUCUCUUAAUUUGGAGGAAAAAUCUGGGGUUUCUGUUGAUUUGAAACAGAAGGAGAAUCAUUCAGAUAUACUUAUGGGAUUUAAACGGUCUUUCUUGAAGGCCUUUAAGGUUGUGGAUAAAGAACUAGAAGUACACCCAAAUAUUGAUUGCUUCUUUAGUGGGACAACAGCAGUUACCCUUCUCAAGCAGGGUCAAGACCUUGUAAUUGGUAAUGUUGGAGACUCACGAGCUAUUAUGGGUACAAGAGACCAAAAUGACCGCUUGGUUGCAGUUCAGUUGACUGUGGACCUCAAGCCAAAUCUUCCGAGGGAAGCAGAGAGAAUAAGGCGGUGUAAGGGCCGAGUUUUUGCACUUCGAGACGAGCCAAAGGUGGCUCGGCUUUGGCUUCCAAAUAACAAUGCCCCAGGCUUAUCAAUGGCGAGAGCUUUCGGAGAUUUUUGCCUCAAAGACUUUGGCCUUAUCUCUGUGCCUGAAGUUUCAUAUCGACGCAUCACUGAGAAGGAUGAGUUCAUUGUGUUGGCCACCGAUGGGGUUUGGGAUGUGCUAUCCAAUGAACAAGUGGUAACUAUUGUUGCCUCAGCUCCUGAUCGGUCUAAUGCAUCACGCGCUAUUGUUAACGCAGCAAUUCGAUCAUGGAGGAUCAAACAUCCAACAUCCAAAAUAGAUGACUGUGCUGUAGUUUGCCUUUUCCUCAAUACAGAAGAAAAUGUUUCAAGUACCAAAGAAUCCUGUAAUGGUUGGUCGUUGAACUCAACAGAAGCUGGGAAGAACACUGCUUUAGAUCCUUCGAACCCAACAUCAGUAGAGCGAUCAACAACUAUUCGGUCAUCUAGGAUCCUCCAACAACACAAUAUUAAUACUUCAUAGAUUUGUUCUUGGUAGAAAGAUCAAGAAAAUAUUGCUGUAUGUAUAUGUAGUAUUUCUUGUUUUGAUUAAGGUGGGUAGACCCGGCUUUAUUAUUUUUGACCGGGAAAUAUGUUUUUCCACCUAAUUAUUCAUUUCCAUGUCACGUGUGAGUAAGAAUGGAAGUAUUUGUUGUAAAGUUACAGGAUGAUAAACUUGAUCGAUAGCAUGAUAGUUGGUGAUAUAUUUAUAUUUUGA